AUGCUCAGAAAAUUCCAAGCCUUUCGAUCAAUUUAUCAAUUCCAGAUCGCUCGUAUCACCAAUGACCCAAGGAAUUAAGAUGGCUAUGGCAAAAACAUAGGUGAGAAAGUUCAAGAUGCUACCAAAAAUGCUUGGGAUACUACCAAAGAAAAGUUAACUCAAGAAUAGAAAAAGGAUCAUGACUUGAACAAAGAUAAAGCUUAAAAUAUUCCAAAUUAUUCAAGUGGCUCUUCUUCUAGUUCAAAUAUAAACCCAGGCUAUGGCUCAUCGACUGGCUCAUCUGCAGGCUCGUCUAAUAUUGGAAAAGACAUGAAAUAUUCAAGUGUGAAAGAUCCUCUUUAUUCCGAUUAAUAGUUGAAGACUCCUAAAGGUACCUAGACUUAUGGAGAGAAUAGUUCUUAUUUGAAUAAAGAUUAAUCAGGAUCAUAACCUUCAAGCACCUCAGACUUCUUCCAAUAAAAUACUUAAUCAUCAAGCUCUUAGAGAGAAACAGAUAAAUAAAGUUACUCCUAAACAAGCAAGGAUCUUGGAGGUAAGAAAUCAGAUUAACAAUCUUAAUGGACGACAGGUUCUUCACAGUAAACAUUUACUGAAUAAUCUGAUCAGAAUCAGACGAUGACCCAGAAAGUCACUGAGAAAGUUGCUGAUGUAGCUGAAAACUUGAAAGAAAAAAUAGUUGAGGGAUUUCACAAAGUAGAAGAAAAAGUUAAAGAGGCAGUCGGCUCACAAGAUCAUAAGGAUAAAAACAAAAAUAACAAGUGA